AAAAGGAAUUUAUUGAGGACAUUACUACAUUUUUGGAAUUUAUUACGAUAAGAUAAGUUAAACUCGAAUGGUCCUUACGUGGUGGCUUGUUUACACCUGACGAGGAAAGAUCACUUCAAUAUAUUUGUCCACGUAUUUCAAAAUGGACAUCCUUUUACCUCUGUUCCAGCUACUGUACUUUGUAGCCCAUUUCCUCGUCAGCUUAGCACUGUCUGUUUAUGAUACUUUUCAUGACUUGCACAGACUGCUAUUGAGAAUCUAUGCUUGCAUAAAACCCAUGGAUGUUUCAGCUUAUCGUCUACAAGCAGAUGCAGCUCUGCUCAAGAAAAUUCCAGAACAUGUAGGGAUAGUAGUAAUUGGACAUAAUGUAAAUUAUAUAUCUCAUCUUGUUACAGUUAUUAAUUGGUGUGUUGGUUAUGGUGUUAAAUACAUAUCCCUUUAUGAUGCAUAUGGUAUACUAAAACAAAAUAAAUCUCUUAUUGUCAAAUCACUUGGAAGCAUAAGUUGUGGUGUUAGGUUUAAUGUUAUAACACACAGUUUUGAUUGUCAUCAGGUCAAAGAUUGUGUUUCCAUAGGUAGCAGAAGUGAGAACGGAUAUUCAUACCCUCAGGUAAUAGUGAACCUCCUAAGUUUAGAGGAUGGGAAGGGUAAUCUUGUAACAGUGGCACGCAGAUUGUGUGAUGGUACAACUGAAAUUGACCAGAAUAUGGUGGAUAACUAUUUGGUGACACAGGGACAGCCUGAUCCUGAGGUGGUUAUAACUGCGGGAAAGCCAGUGACAAUUUUAGGUUUCCUUCCCUGGCAAUUAAGACUCAGUGAACUUUAUGAAGUGCCAUACUUGAACAGAUUUGAGUAUAGUGAAUUUAGAACCGUUUUUCAGAGAUAUUCAAAAUGUGAACAAAGAUGGGGAAAAUAGUUAAGUUGUAUACAUUAUGGUUUGAAAAUUUAGACGAUUUACACAGAAAUAUGGUGUACUUAAAUGCUAUCCUCAGGUUGUAAGAAGAAAAGUUACCACUCAUUUUGUUUCUAGUGCCAGUUUUGACCUUUGUAUUUUGUUAGUGUGAAGAGAGUACUAAGGUAUUUUUUUAUACUACAUUCCAUAAAGACAGAAAAAAUUACAGCAUUUCUAAGUGUAUCAUAGCUAUUGGAUGGCAUAUUUCAAUGUAGUUUCUCAUGUGUUACAACAAAGGUUAGUUAUUUUCAACCAUGCAGCUUCAUCAAAGUAAAGUUUAUUUUUAACUUUGUAUUAUACUGUCUUCCCACAUUUUUUAGGAAAGCAUAUCCUGUUAACAAAUUUUAUUAGUUUUCAUUAAAGAAUAUAUUCCAUUGCUAGAGGGUAUUCUCAGUUUAGUUGCAUUUUUUAAGACAAUAUUUUGGUAAAAAUGAUCUUGAUUAAAUGGAAUAAUCCAAAAUGUUGUGUUUACUAUAGGAAAAUGUAUAUUCUUCACGUAACUGUAUUGGAUUACAUAGCCUUCUCUUUCGAGUUUCAUUUUCAGCUCAAAAUUUAUUUAUUUGCAGAAUGGCAUUUGCCCUUCUUUUUUAUCCUUAUUGUAAGGCAUGACCUUUUACCUUUUAGUGUCCUUUAGUUUAUUAUGUGUUAUUAUUCAUAUUGGCCUCUGAAUUUGUCAUGAAGGAAACCACCUUAUUGUGUCCCUUUUGCAUUUAACUAAAAGAAUCCUGGCAUUGCCAUGUGACUUUCAGUAUUGUUAAAAAGGGAAUACUGAAUGAUUUGUGGUGAGUGAAUUUGAAGCUGCUUACAACCGCUUGUUUGUCUUUCUGUUAACUUCCUAAUAUGACAGGCUGCUAUUUGGUCACCAUUCUCCCAUGACAAGUUGCAAAGUACUUGCAUCAUAGUUUUUAAGUUGGCCUAGUAUUUGUAAUGCAAAUUAAAUCUCUUUCUCCCUCUCACCUGUAUCUGUGUUUGUGUGUGUGCUUCUAUGUUUGAAGGGAAACUGCAGGAAAGAAAGAAAUAAGAUUAUAAUAUUUAUCUUCUAGAAAAUAUACUGGAAAGCAGUCGGCGUUUUAUUAAAUGCGUGUGUACCUUGUCUUUCUACCAGGUAUAUCAUGCUUAUUAGAAUUGUAGUGAAGUGGGGCCAAUGAUGGAUAGUGCAUAGAAAAGAGGUGCAUGUAACAAUAUACAGGUCUUUUUCUCAUCCAUCGCAUUGCAUGCUUUCAGUACUGUAAGGGUAAGCAGGAAUCAAUAACGAAACACGUUCCAGAUACUGCCACUCAAUCACCUGAAAUAUAUAUAAUCUGCAUGUAAAUAACUAUUUUUAGGCAAUAAUUAAAAUAUACUUAUAAAUAACAACAGCACUUGGCUAUCAAAAUUGCACAUUUAUGUAACCCAGUUUUUUAAUUUUUUUGUAAAUCUAUCUUUUCAUUUGUGCCAACCUUUCUACCAUGUCCUUGCAUAUAGGUUUUUCACUUUUCAACCUUGGUAAAUUUAUCCUAUACAAACAGUUCAUGUCCAGACUUAUCACUUUUUCUCAAUCAUUUAAUAUCCACACCGCACUUUGCUAAUGGAGAUUUGGCUUAAUAGUCUUCUUAUAAGGUACAUCAUAUGAACUACUAAACUCUUUCUCUUCUUGGAAACGUUUUGCAGAUAACCAGCUAUCUUCUACCUCCCGUGCAUUAUCCUCUGUGACUUAGGUCUUAACUUUCCAAUAUCUACUGUAAACACCCAUUUGGAUCUGUGGCUUCAACUCUACCUCCAAGCUGACAUUUUUAUACCUAUAUGCAUACAUUUAUGGGGAAAAGUACAACUGAACAAUGUAUGCCUUAUUGAUCUUUGGCCAUUUGUCAGUCAUAGAUAUAGGAAAUUUUGGUUUUACAUUUUUAUCUGCAUAUAAGGAAUGAGGUAAUUUCAGCAAACAGGUACCAGAUACUAUUAAAAUGAGAUUUGGAUGGGCCCUCUCAGUUUUCUUUCAUUACGUUAUGCAUAGUAUUAUUAAUUUCUUUUGGUUAUGAUGGAUUUAUUUUUUAUUGACAUGUCGGUAGUUCUUUUUCACCCACUAAAAGCAUAGUCAGUUGGUAGAUUUGAUAAAUAGUGGAACUGUUGAGUUGAGUCGACCUCUAGAUUGGCAAAGAUUAUUUUUACCCAUUUUUAAAUUGGUACCCUUGAAGCCUUUAGCUUGCAUGAAUCUUGUUGUCUCCAUCUGCUUAAAGCAUAACAGUUAUGUUCCUAUCAGAGAAGUGUUUGGACCAUCCAAAAUAUUUUGAGUAUUAUGGAAUUUUUCUUAUUUGUUGCUGUUAUGCAGAUGUCACUCGCUACAAAUUCUUCUUUCAUCCCACUGUAACUUUUUACAUGACCCAAAAUAUGUCACAUGGUAGUGCUGAAUUGAUACUUGUUGCUGUGGUAGUGAAGACUUACUUUUAGUGUUACUAAGUACAGUAAAUAGUCUUUCUAUCCUUUUGAGAUUUGAUACUGUGAGGGCUUAACUGUAAGUUAAGGAUGGAAUAGGUACAGUUCUUUCAUUAUUUUUCAUCACUGUUAUUUUUUAUAGUUAAUAAUCGUGGCUGUAAUUUUAUGUAAAUAUUUAACAUCAACAAACUGUUCAUACGUAUUAGCAUGACAUUGAAGAUGCUUUCCACUGAUUGUUGUAAUUUGAUUUGAAGAGCUCUCUUGACUUUCUCUGUGUAGCUUAAUGAAAUUGUUAAAUAUAUUUUGUAUGGUCUGAUCUGUUUCACCAGAAUUAUAAAGGCCAUGUAUGUUGCAUAAUUUCAGUGUUCAUAUUUCUGAGUUUUUCCUGUGUGGUUGAAACUUAACAUUUAACUGUGAUAGUGCCUGACUUUCCCAUUUCCAAGUUCACUGACAUAAAUAAUGUGUUUUUCAUAUGAAGUCGUGAUAUACUCAUGAAAGAAAAGGGGUAAGGUUUAGUUACAGAAAAAUGAGCAAGUCAAGUAUUUUAAGUGGAAUGGGUUUGAUUUAUUUGAGGGAAAGGACAUAUAAAGUUUAUAACUUUGAUUUAUUUGAGGGAAAGGACAUAUAAAGUUUAUAACUUUUUGCUCUUGGAGAAUUCUCAGUGCAGUGCACCUAGUGUUGUAAAUGAAAAAUGUAGUGGAAAUUAUAUUGAAAUUUUAGAUAUCACAAAAGUGAGUUACCUGUUAUUUUUUUUCAGUUAACUCGAGUGAAUACAUCAAUGCCUUAAUUUCCCUUCCCUACAUAUAUGCAUUUAUCAUCAUCAAACAUUUUUUUUGUCUGCUUUUCCCUUUGUUGCAUUAAUUGAGAAAUGAGUUUACUAGUUGCAAAUUGUAAUUAAUAUGUCAGCAUUUGUCUUACAUUUUACAGGACGAGUUGAGAAAAAUAUUGCAAUAGGAAAUAAGAUAAUGGACAGUUACAGAAAUUGCCAUGCCAUGGUUGAAAUAACAAGAACACAUUAAGAGUUGUGCAAGAUUUAUUCUGUUAGUGCAUAUGUUUAGUAUUGAAGCAACCACAAGUAGUCUGUCAUGGCAAAUUUAUUUUCAUCCUUCUCCAAUGCAGUAAAUUUUAAUUUUUUUUUAUAUGUACAGGCUACAAUGAAGUGUUUUUCAUGGAUUUAUAGUCAGGAAAGAUUUUGGAAUGUUAGUUUCAGUUAGUGCUUUUAAAACCAAACAUUGAUUUAAUAUAGGUAGUUUUUUUUUUUUUUCCUCGCCUGAAAUUUUUUUGGCUGAAACCUCAGAAAUUGGGUUCUUGAGCUAUUGAUGGAACACUAAGCUUUCAUUUGAAAUAACUCCAGCUAUAAAGUAUUUGCGAGAGAUCUCACAGUGCACUUCUGUGUAGCAUUUUUAGGUUAAUAUUUUGUGCAAAUUGUUUUUGAAGGUUAUCGUUUUUUUUAAGGAAAUUUUAUUCUCAUUCUGGUUAGUUGUCAUCAACAAAAAGGAAUGCGUCUCAUGACUUGAGUGCACACUGGCAUCUUUGUUAUUACUGAUUGUUUUCUUUCUGUUGAGAAUUGUUCAAAAGAUUGCACAAUACCAGUCAAAAUCAAAGCUCUUUAUUGCCCUUGUAAGAGUCAUGUUUAUGUGACAAAGCAUGGUAAAACUUGUCGUCAAGUUCAAGCUUUUCAAGGCACCCAAGUUUUGUGCACCCCUAAUGAGUACCUGUAUUUAUUUAGUCUAAAUAUUUGCAUUUACCAAGGUUGAUGUAAUAUACCUAGCUAAUAGCAAUCUAAUGAAAAUUAUCAAGUUUCCUACUCAUAGUAGUAGUUGAUAUUUUGAUAGUAAAUAAACGUGAUAAAAGUUAAUGCAUAUUUAAAUAGGACGUUGAGGACAUUUAUCUUGAAUCUUGAGUUUGAUUAAUAGUUUUGAUUUCCCAUGAACUAUUCUUGAUUUGUGAAGAUGGGCUAAAGUGAGAGAAGUUUUUCAAGUAUUGUACAAUACAAUAAUCUAAAUAAAAAACUUAAUACGUAUCUGUACUAGGGCAGGUUAUUUCCAAGGUAGAAUUGUUUGGGCAGCAGUGAUUUUCCAAUCUCAUAACAUCAGUUGAUGCAAAACGGAGGCGCAAGAGCCAUUGUUGAAUGUACAAAUAACCUAGGUGACAAAGAAAUCAUGUAGGUGAUUACCACUAGCCCAGUAAGUAAAUUCUGAUGUUUGAUGUACAUUUCUUGUUCGUACAGUGAAUAUAGUAAAGAUGUCAAAUAGGAAUUUUUUUUUUCUUUUACUUCGAGACAUUUAGUACAUAUUGUAGAAUUUGAUUAAGGAAAACUCGUGGAAUGGUUGAUUUUGUAAAUGGUUUAUACUGUAAAUGCAUACUUUAUUGUAAUAAGAGAUGGUUUUCUCAUGAAAAUCUGUGCUGUAUCAUUAUGGAAUCACUUGGGAUGUUUGUUGAAAAUCUCAUCUGUUGAAUUCAACAGGUAUUUCUGUCUUGCAGCCCAAAGUUCUCUUGCAGUUGUCAAUUAUUGCAAGCUAUCUGUGAUACAGUUAAUUAUUGAAAAUUUUUUAUUUGUAUAGUUUGAUGCGAUUCCAUAGAAAUAAUGUAAAUAUUUAUGUUAGCAGAGGCUGUUACUGCUGAUUCUUUGUUUUCAAUAAAUGUUAUUUAUAAAUAA